UGAACCAAUAACAACCAGAAAUAAAUUAUCUUUUAGUUAAAGACUUUCCUUCUUCCCUCUUCAUUCUCCCAUGAAUCAGACAAAUAUAAUCCUUGACUUUCAUAAUUUUUUAGAAUAAACAACAAAUCAAAGAUAUACUAAUAAUGACUUUCUCCAUUAAACUCCUCCUUCACAAUCCCAGUAGUAUAGAAGCAGGAUUAUUGAGUAAGAACUUCAAUUGUUGUUUAUGGAAGAAUAAUUCAACAAGGUCAUUUCAUAUUCAGCUUAAGAACAAACUUUUUCCAGCAAUUUCUACACAUAUUCACUGUUCUACUGCAGCUGUUCCUAUAAUGGCAGAGGAGAAAAGGAAGUCAUUAUUUGAUGCAAAUGAAGCUGGUAUUCUAGUUAAGGAGCUUAGACGGCAGUUUGGUUCUGGAAAGACGAAGACUUAUGAAUGGAGAGAAGCGCAAAUAAAGAGUUUAUCCCAAAUGAUUGAUGAUAGGGAAAAGGAGAUCAUUGAAGCCCUUCAUGAAGAUCUUUGCAAACCCGAAUUUGAAGGAUUUGUUGCUGAGAUUGCCAUGAUAAAAUCUUCAUGUAAGUUGGCACUUCGGGACUUGAAGCAGUGGAUGAAGCCAGAGAAGGUGAAAACUUCAUUAACAACAUAUCCCUCAUCAGCAGAGAUUGUCUCAGAACCAUUGGGAGUUGUGCUCGUUAUCUCAGCAUGGAAUUAUCCUUUCUUGUUGUCACUCGAUCCGGUGAUUGGUGCAAUAGCAGCUGGAAAUGCAGUAGUCCUGAAACCUUCUGAAAUCGCUCCAGCCACAUCUUCAUUACUCGCAAAACUAUUGCAAGAAUAUGUUGACAGUACUUUAAUAAAAGUUGUUGAGGGUGCUGUUGAUGAAACUUCUGCCCUUCUUGAGCAAAAAUGGGAUAAAAUUUUCUAUACAGGUAGUGGAAGAGUUGGCAAAAUUAUCAUGGCUGCGGCUGCCAAGCACCUUACACCGGUUGUAUUAGAGCUUGGAGGGAAAUGCCCUGUAGUUGUUGAUUCAAAUGUCAAUUUGCAAGUUGCGGCAAGAAGAAUUAUAGCAGGAAAAUGGUCCUGCAAUAGUGGGCAGACCUGUACUGCAGCAGAUUAUGUUAUUACCACCAAAGAUUUCGCUCCACAGCUGAUUGCUGCUCUAAGAUCAGAGUUGGAUAAGUUUUUCGGGAAGGAUCAUAUGGAAUCGAAAGACAUGUCUAGAGUUGUCAACUCGUAUCAUUUCACACGGUUAAUGAAACUGAUGGAGGAAGAUGGAGUAUCUGAUAAGAUCGUCUUAGGUGGUAAAACAAAUGCAAUGCAAUUGAAGAUAGCGCCUACAGUCCUUCUAGAUGCUCCAGAAGACUCUCUUUUGAUGACAGAGGAGAUUUUCGGACCCUUGCUUCCUAUUGUUACUGUUGAAAAAAUUGAAGAUAGUUUUGAAGUGAUCAAGUCCAAACCGAAGCCAUUAGCAGCGUAUCUUUUCACAAACAAUGAGAAGCUGAAAACUGAAUUUAUCAAGGACAUAUCGGCAGGAGGAAUGCUCAUCAACGACACUAUUCUGCAUCUUACUGUCUCUACUUUACCAUUUGGAGGAGUGGGCGAGAGUGGUAUGGGCUACUACCAUGGAAAAUUCUCCUUUGAGGCUUUCAGCCAUAAAAAGGCUGUCAUGUACAGAAGUUUCGAAGGAGAUUCAUCAAUAAGAUAUCCGCCAUACACCUCCAAGAAGCUAAAUUUGUUGAAGGCUUUGAUGAGUGGCAGCAUUUUUAGGAUCAUUCUUGGUUUUAUUCAAUGGUUGAAACAGUGAAACAUGAUCAUAGACAAACUGUUCUUUUAAUUUUUUUUACAUAUAGCACAGUCGCGCAGAUAUGAAGAUAUUAUACACACACUCUUCUGAAUUUGUUGGUGUAUGUGAUUUUAGUACAGUUCAAACUUAAAUAAAAAUAUAUCUCUUCUGUUCUUAUA